AUGUCGUUACCGCCAGAGGUCCGCGCGGCGUACAUCACCAUCAUUGAUUCCAUCCUCGAGAGGGCUGAUCUUACGACUAUAUCGGUUAAGGGGAUUCGGCAAGGCAUACAGGAUCAAGUUGAAUAUGACAUCACGCCGCAGAAGAAUGCUAUCAGGGAGUUGAUUGGCGAGAGAUUCGAUCUCGCGAAUGCGAAGCGAAAUGGCGAGACUACUGUGGUUCAGUCAGUUGAGACAAACGAAGCUGUCGAACCUGCCCCUCAGACUAAUGGCAUCCAUCAUUCUUCCGCACAAUCCUCGAGCUCACCCGCCAAACGUGAGGCAGAAAGCGAGGAUGUUCUCGAUGGUAUAGACGCACAGCCUCCAAAGAAAAAACAGAAAUCGGUCCUCGACGCAGAUGCUGCCUACGCAGCUCGUCUACAAGCUGAAGAAGACAAAUUGGCUCGGCCUACCCGCGGUGGAGCGAAUCGGAAGACAGCUCCUGUCAAAAAGAAGAAGAGGACGAAGAAGGAGCGAGUGACUGGGUCGGAUGACUCGGAGAUCGAAGGAGACGAGCGCAAGCAAAAACCCAAGCGAGAAACCGGUUUCCACAAGCCGCUCAAUCUUUCGCAAGCAUUGUCAAAUCUAUUCGAUGGGGCAACCCAGCUGUCACGGCCAGAGACCACCAAACGCAUAUGGGCGUACAUCAAAGCGAAUGAUCUUCAAGAUCCCAGCGACAAGCGUUACAUCAUCUGCGACGCGAGGAUGCGAGACGUUUUCAAGCAAGACAAGGUCCACAUGUUCACCAUGACCAAAUUGAUUUCGCAGCAAAUCUGCGUGUGGGCUGUUAUGUGGCUCUCCCUUAACGAGCAGCCAGGCAUCCGAAAGGAGUGCUCAGCCUCGCUGACUAAACAACCACCAGAAACGCCUUGCUGCUUUUUCCCAGUCUUGGAGACACCCAUCGUGACUCACUUAGUUACUAGGUACUACUUGUCGAUUCUCACACACAUAAACAUGUCGAACUCUGCGACCGCCACCGAAGCAACCUCUUCACCACGCGGAGCACAUCGAGGCCGAGGCAAUCGCUCAAACCAGCACAACCGUGCUGGAUCCUACGAUCGAGAGUCGCCUGACAAUCGAGGUAGAGGAGCUGGAAAUCGAGGGGCCAGAGGUUCAAGAGGAGGCAGAGGCAGAGCUAGGGGACAUGGGAGAGACGCCACAUCUUCAACACCACUGUCUCCUCAAUCUACAGCAGAAACUACCUCUGGAAGACCACCUGGAGGCGGCUUCGGUGCGCGCCUGACCGGAGCUGCCUCAGAAUUCGAAGGCGAUUCAAGUGAACCUCAUCCUCGGGAGAAUGACAAGGAGCCUGAACUCGCAGAAGAAGCGGAACUCUGCUUCAUCUGCGCCAGUCCCAUCGAGCAUGUCUCCAUUGCUCCUUGCAACCAUCAAACCUGCCACAUUUGCUCAUUGAGGCUGAGGGCACUUUAUAAGACACGAGCUUGCGCACACUGCAGGACAGAAGCGCCUUUCGUGAUCUUUACCGACGAUGCGGAGAAACGGUACGAAGACUUCAAGGACAAUGAAUUCGUCAAGAUCGAUGAAAACCUGGGAAUCAAGUACGAAAAGGACAUCAUCCUAGAAGAUACCAUUCUCCUACUGCGAUACAAUUGUCCAGACAAAGAUUGUGAUGUUGCAUGCCUGGGUUGGCCAGAUCUGCACCGUCAUGUCAGAACCAAGCAUGGAAAGGUCAUGUGCGAUUUAUGCACGAGAAACAAGAAAGUUUUCACGCAUGAGCACGAGUUGUUCACGUUUGGCGAGUUACGCAGGCACGAGAAAUUCGGCGACGACAACCCAGGAGCCAUUGAUCAGUCCGGCUUCAAGGGACAUCCUGAAUGCGGGUUUUGCAAACAAAGAUUCUACGGAGACGACGAGCUUUAUGCCCACUGCCGAGAGAAACAUGAGAGGUGCCACAUUUGUGAUAGACGGAACGGUGGAAGAAAUCCACAGUACUACCUCAACUAUCAAGAACUGGAGAAACAUUUUGCAGCGGACCAUUUUGUCUGCCUGGACGCCGAAUGUCAGGCCAACAAAACGAACGUCUUCGAGUCGGAGAUGGAUCUCAAAGCACAUCAAUUAUCCGAACACCCAAAUGGGCUUUCUAAGGAUGCUCGUAGGGACGCUCGUCUUGUCGAUUUGUCCGGUUUUGCUCUUCGGGAGCCCUACCAACCGCCUCGAAGAGGUGAUCGAGCAAAUCGUGGUGCCGGAAGAGGUCGUGAUCCCAAUGCCGAACCAUUGCCCGUAUCAAGUGCUCAACCAAUUGGCCGUGCAGAACUGGCUUACCAACGCCAACUUGCGAUACAAAGCUCUCAGUCAGUGUCGAGUAGGAACUUUGGCGGUCAAUUGACACAAAACACUCCUAUCGCACGCCGUCAGCCAGCGUCUCCGCAAGCCACCCCAUCAUUACCUGCUGUUGAAAAUCUCGCCAUCGACGACAGACCUAUACCUGCUGCAGCCAUGACGCCUCAGGAGCAGGCACGAGCGUUGCGCCACCAGGCAGUAACUGACCGCGCCACAUCGCUCCUCAAGAACGACAAGAACAAGCUUUCCCAGUUUCGAACCCAUGUCUCCGCCUUCCGCAGCGGCACUAGCUCUGCAAACAACCUCAUUGACUCAUUCUUCUCCCUUUUCGACUGUCCAAGUUCUGAACUGGGUAAGCUCAUCCGCGAACUGGCAGAUCUGUAUGAAGACGAGACGAAGCGUCAGGCCCUGCUGCAGGCGUGGAACAAUUGGCGCAGUAUCAACGAAGAUUAUCCCAGCCUCCCCGGUCCCAGUGGCACUCUCCCGGGCGUCUCGAGUGGCCCGGCAAGUUCUGGCCGGAGGGUGUUGACCUUGAAGAAGAGCACAGCCCAGUCAUCCCGCUCAGCAGUGUCAAGACAAGGUUCAUGGGGGAAUGCCAUUACUCGGGGAACAAGUCAAGAUCCAUUUCCUGCCUUGUCAGUUGCAGCAGAUAAGAGCGCUCCGCGCGCAAAUGCACCUACAGCAGUUCCUGCAUGGGGCAAUACAUCUGCGCCCACAGUUACCAACACCACCCCAAGCGCCGUACGUCCAACAGCAGCACCUCCUACGACUGCGUCCACGAUCCGUCAGAAAACCAACAACACCCGUGGUAUGGCUCCGCCGCGUCCCACGGAGGACGCUUUCCCCUCGUUACCUGCCGCACCAAAGCCGAACACGAUGAUGGCCGGCUUCAACACGCGCGGCUCGGUGCGAUGGCUCAGCUCACCUUCCAGCUCGGGAACCACUACACCUGUAGUAAAUCCAUGGGGAAACGGAGGGCUGACGCCCACACCGGCACAGGCACAGGCAACAGCCGGAGCUGCUGUAAGUGCAGGUGCAGGUCGUUUCGAAGGAGGAGCUGCUGGUGACAACACUACCAACGAUGGUGAAGCGCCUUCGGCAGGGAAGAGGAAAGGAAAGAAGGGAAAGAAGGGAGAGACGUUGUUUCAUUUCGGGUAG